CCCAGCCCCUCCGUUUAUUUUAUUUUUUUUGGUGGGGUGAGCCUUUUCCUUUCAGACAGACUAACGGAGUUGGAAGGGACCCUGGAAGUCAUCUAGUCCAACCCCCAAACAGGACACAUGGCCGUUUCUAACAGAUGGCCAGUCCAGCCCCUUCUUGAAACUUGGGAGACCCGGCCAACAAUUGGCGCAAACUGGAUCAAGUCAGGAAAACCACUUGGCAAAAUGUAGAUCGAAAAAUUGAAUGAAGUUUGGAUUUUGAUAGGUUUUUAGUCCCUGUUUUUAGCAGGACCCGAAAGGCUUCAUCCACCCGGGGAUAAAAGGAACCUCUCGAGGGGAACCAAACCCUGAGCGCUUGUAGAUGGUCUCCUUCUUGAGCAGGGGGUUGGGACUAGAAGACCCCCAAGGACCCUGACAGCUGUCUUCUGAUUGACCGAUUGACGUCCCGGCCUGCCUGACUCUCCGGCGCAAAUGAGGAGAUGGAGGGAUGAGUCUCGCCCUUCUUUCUUUCUUUCCCUUUUUUCUUCUUCUUCUUCUGUCCUUUUUCUGACCCGCCCAGGGCGAAAGCGAAAGCGCGGAGAACGAAGCUAGAAGCGCCCGUUGUUCCUUCGGGUUGCACGCUCGAACGCGGAACGCGGGAGUCAACGGAGCGCCUGGCCGGCUCCCUCCGAUUCAGAAAGGAAGUCGCAAGUGGAAGACUCCAGAAAACACCCCCAGCCUCCACUUUCUUUUUUCCUUCGUUUUCGCUCCUGUGACUUCCCUUCCUGCCAGAAGAGGAUUAGAGAGGCUGAAGAUCGGCGGAGGAGCUCCUGGGCACCAGCAACAUGGGUGCAGCUGAGUCAGCUUACCAAGAAGCAGGUUCAGUUGCAGACCUGAGGAUCGUCAUGGUCGGCAAAACAGGCAACGGGAAAAGUGCCACCGGGAACACCAUUUUAGGAAGGGAAGAGUUUACGUCCAAGAUGGAGGCCACAUCCGUCACCGCCAAAUGUAAGAGUGCCACGAAUGUCCUGGCGGAUGGGAGGACCCUGGCUGUGAUCGACACGCCGGGCUUUUUUGAUACAAAAUACUCACAGGCGGUGACUCUGGCGGAAAUUAAGAAAUGUGUCAGCUUCUGCUCCCCGGGUCCCCACGUCAUUAUACAGGUCAUCCGUAUGGGCCAUUUCAGUGAGGAGGAGAUGAAGGUCGCCAAGCUGAUCAAUGACAUCUUCAGCCUGAAGGCCAAGGCCUACCUGGUCGUCUUGUUCACCCGCAAAGAAGACCUGGAGGGGCGCCCUCUUCAAGAGGUGCUGUCCGAGGGAGAUGAAAGCCUGGAGCCUCUGAGGAAGCAAAUCAAGAGUUGUGGGAAUCGGUGCCUGGCUUUCAACAACAAGGCGGAAGGGAAGGAAGGGCAGGAUCAGGUGGAUGAGCUGAUUCGGAUGGUGGAUGACCUCGCACGGAACAAUUGGCCGAAGCCCUAUUACACCAAAGAGAUGCUGGAGGAGGACAAGAAGAAGGCGCCUGGAUGGUUAUGUACCCUCCUCUGAUCCCGGAGUGUCUUCAUCACCGACGGAGACCCCUUGGGAAUACCGUUCAAACACACCUGGGUCAGCGCAGACAGCCACGGCUUUCCUUGGCUGCUUCAUUCCAAGGCCGCUUUCCCCUCCCCUCAAAAGGCCACUGGACUUUGUUAUUUCCCUGAAGAGGUUUUGCUCCUCAUCCCAGAAGCUUCCUCAGAUUCUGAAGAGGCUUUGGGGAUAAGGAAAGAGACCUCUUCAAGGCAAAACCGAAGAAAGGCCCCCAGUGGCCUUCUAAAAAAGCAUCUCUGGGGCAGCCAUGAGCCACAGGAUAGGGAAUCACCCUAGACCGAAUCACAAUAGAGCUGGAAGGGACCGUGGAGGUCUUCUAAUCCAACCCCCCCAUCACUCAAGAAGUAAAGUCUAUACAAUCUUCUUAAAAAUCUCCAGUGAUGAAUCCCUACAACUUCUGAAGUCAAGCAAUUCCAAUGGU